CUAGGUUGCAUCCUUUUGUUAUGGUAUCUGAAAUUUUGGGUGUUCCAGAAUACAUUCACAGCCAAGUUGCUGUUUAGUUUAAUCUAGUUCUCCGAACACUAAUUCGGAAGAUAGCACCACAUUCUUUUUAUGUAUUGGGAGGUUUGGUUGAACUGAUAUAUUGCUAGUUCGAUACAUUUUUCACAUAAUUUGUCAUGUUUGCUUGACAAUGGGUUUUCUCAGGGGCGUGACACCUUUCAACACACACUAUACUGUGGAUUGCUACACUGCUGUGGUGUACAGCGAGAUCAUGUGUGCAUAUUUCUGCUGACUGUUUGAGGCAAGGCCCACAUAGUAAUAAACCAGAAGGCAGAAAGCAACUGUUACAAACUUAUAUCUCUUUUGCAGAAGAGCAAUUGCCUGUUGUUACAAUGAGUCCACGCCCACCUGGAGGUUCAUUAAAUCGUAAGAAUUGUCCAAAUGAGCCAACAUCAAUACCCAAUCCUGCGAAUUUUUGCCACCCGCAGUUUCCUCAGCAUAUGCAACUUUCACAACCGCCGUAUGCCAUGAAUAUCCCUUUCCACCAAUACCCACAGCAACACCUAUACCCACCGAAUGUCCAGUACGUUGUUGUGCAACCACAAUAUGCUCCAUACUCUUUACCACCACGGAUGCCGCCUCCACCACCUGCUCUAGUUAUGCCGUCCACGUCAGCGUCUGAUUCAGGCACCCCACGUAUGGAAACUCGUCAAGAAGAACAAGACAUAGAUAUAGUCAAUGAUGAGACUGCUGAACCUGACCGGACUGCUAAGCGAUUACACUGGACGGAAGAGGAGGACAUAAGGCUGAUACGUAUUUGGCUGAAUUGCCCGAAGAUCAAGAAGUAUGACGUGUACUGGGCGGAUGUUAUAGCAGCAUACAACAGCAACACCCCUAAAGAUAGGAGAAGGGAACCAGCACAUUUGAGGUGUCAUUGGCAUAAGAUGAUCCCAAAGAUUGCCCGCUUCGAUGACUGCUGGUGCCAGGUCAAGGCAAAAUAUCCUAGUGGCCUGUCUGACAAUAUGCAGCUGAUGGACAAAACAUGGGUGAUGUUCAAUGCGGAAGCACGGGCGAUGUAUCUUGAGGAAGUAAAACGUCGUUUUGCUUAUAACCACUGCUGGAAAGUUGUCUGGGACCAACCCAAAUGGAAAUCCUACAUCUUGUCUUUGUCCUCCAGAAAAGCUAAGCUGUCUGAGUCUGGGGACUACACGUCAUCCUCUGAAGAUACUGAGGAUGACCCUGAAAAAGAGACAAGCGAAGAAGGUAGCGUCACUGCGAAGGAGAAAUAUGAAGGUAAAGGUGAGGUGGAAAAAGAUAUUCAAUGCUCACUGGAUCUUCAGAACAUGCUAAAGACUAAUCCAGGGGAGAUGACAGGGGUACAACUGCUGCACGCAGAUCAAAAUCUUGAACCUUCCAGCAUAGAGCCGCCAGAAAGAAAGGACAAUGAAGCAUUAAUAUCAGAGAAGCAACCAGAAUUGUUGGUGACUGCUGCUUCGUGGUACAAUGAGUUUCUGCCUGGGAGUGAGGUGUUGGCUGGUAAUUCGAAGUCCAGCGAGUUGCAACAUGGGGGAGUAUCGAGAGAAGAUGAGCCUGAAAAAGGAACACUUAAACAGGGUUACAAGGCACUAGACCAUGAUAGAGCAACAGCCAUGGAAAACCUUCCUGAAAAGGACGGUACACAAGUCUUCAAGAAGCCAGAUCAUGGGAUAGCAGUGAGGGAAAAUGUUCCUGAAAGCAAAACAGGUGCGCAAAGUUGCAAGGUGACAAAGCUCAAACGAAAACGCAAUGGCAAGGCGUUGCCUUGUUCGUCUGAGGUGCAGGAGGACAUCAAACGUGCAGUGGAUCUUCAGACCAUGCUUAUGAAGGAUCGGGAGAAGAUGUCAGAGGUGCAGCUCCGUCUCUCGAAAGAGAAGCUUGAGUUGGCCAAACUGAAGCAACAGGAAGCAAAGGACAAGAAGGAAACAACGCUUUAUGAGAAGUAUUCAGAGCUGUUGAUGGCUGACACCUCCAGGUUCAGCGACUUUCAAAAGGCAGAGUAUGAGAAGGCGGUGAAGCGCAUGGGCGAGACAUUAUUUGGUAGAGAUGAUAGCUAGCAUUAAUCGUUGAUUUAGUAGGCUAUAUUAAACACUUGUGCUGAAGUGCUAUCUUAUGCAGCACUAAUGUUGGAACAUAGGUCGAUGUUGUUAUAACCUGUCGAUUUAGCCUACUCCAAGUAACACCACAUGUGUUGUUUAUCCUUCAUCAGCCCUUGUUU